CGGACUUGUCUGAGAUGGAAAUAAAAAUCCGGGUUGCCAACCUCAACCGCUGUCGUCUAAAGAAGUUCCCACAUCGCGAACUCGUCAAGCAUAGGCUCGUACGGCCCACCCAGACUUACAUGCGCCGCGCCGAGAGGAAGCUGCGCCCCACGGUGGCAUUUGGGAGCCUUAAGCGCCAGGGAGAGGACGAACGAAAUCCUGAACGCGUGAACGUGGAGUCCAAGGCUUUGCGUGAGAUGUAUAGAGAGCUUAAGGAGAUGAAGAACAGGUACAUCGCGGGUAGUGUUGGCACGGAGGAGCCUGUGGAGGGUGAUGAUGCGGAUUGGCAAGCUGCACUUUAUAUGGGUGAACGGCUGGACGUACCAGAAGGCCCGGUGAUUCUGACGCGAGACGCGUUCGAGAGGCGCCAGGAGUCGCAGAAGGAGGCUCUCGUACGGUACUCACGGGCUCCACGCGGGAUUUUGAAGAGACCUAGGGAAGAAGACGGAGAGCAGACCGCCAAAUCGCCAUCGCCGAGCACUCUGACAGAAUUCGGAGAUGAUUUCGAAGAACCCGAUAUAGAGCUCACCACUCUCGAACAAUACCGCCGGCUCGGAAUACCACCCCCACGCAAGAAGGUGCGAGCGGAUGGGAGUAGCACGAGCAGUGACGUUACUUGGCUCUUGCAGAGGGUCUCGAAUGUGACUCCCCGUCCUUUACAGAAGGGUGACUCGCCAGGUUUGUCUAGUAAGGACAGGGCGGUCAGCGCUACAUGCGGUGAUGUUAUGUCUCCCUCGCGGCUCCAGCUUGGCGAUGGCCUCGAUUUUACGCCGCCAUCGUUGAGGGCUUUAUCGUUCUGGAGGUCGACGCUGAUGGGAAUGGUCAAUCGUUAAGACCAACAUCUGCACUCGUCGACUAUUCAAAUGCGGGUUGGCGUUUUUCCUCGCCAAUCGAGUGGCUGAUUCCUACGAAAUUCAUCGCAUAAUACUGUCGCUCAAGGAUCGCAGCUAGUCAUACGAAUACUAGGAGGGUUUUUCUUUAUUGGGUCCUUCCAAAUGUCGUAAAAGCUCUCGAUGCUAGCAUUAUGUUUCCUUUGCAGGGAGAAUGACUUUCCCCGCUAAUAUUAGUUUUAUAUUUCGGCUUUCUUCCUUUAAUUUUUUCUUGGUGUAUCUGCUAUGGCUGUACGUUGUAAAACUAUGCCUAUGCGAAAUGUAAUACAUAGUUGCUGUGUUACAAAGACUUGUCUUCGUUGU